AUGGGCACGCUGCUGCGGGAACGGAGACGCUGCUCUCGCGUGGUGUAUCUCGAGUUUCUCUCCGCAGCGCGCAAGGUCCAUCUGGUGGUUGGCGGUUAAACGGUUGGCGGUUUGAGGGAGGAGGAGGGGGAAAGGCACCUUGGAAGAGCUAGUCCUCAGCCUUCCAAAUGGGAGACGGGGUUCAAUUCGAAACGCAAACGAGAGAGCGGUUUCAAGGCAGCAGAGAGAGAAAGAGAAGCAGAGAGA